AUGAUCGAGAUUUUUAUUAUGAAAUUAAUCUUGAAGAAGUUUCUCCAGUUUUAUUACAAUAUGUAAGAGGUGAAAGGAAACAAAAAAUGGAAGCUGCUGAAUGGUUAAUUUAUCUUGAUUACAACACGAUCAAAUCAAUGUUUGACCCGAUCAUUGAAAGAAUUUUACGUAUGAUGCAUGUUCAAAUUGAAAAUACUUCUGGAGUUGACAAUGAUACUGAAAAAAGGAAGAUCGAUAUAAUUUUUUUGGUGGGGGGGUUUAGUGAAUCAGUAUAUUUGCAAAAUAGAAUCAGAGAAGAAUUUCCAGGUUAUAAUAUUUCCGUUCCUACCAAUCCUAUUGCAGCAAUUUCUCGUGGCGCAGCCAUUUAUGGUUUGGGCUUUAGCGAAAUGGAUGCGUUAGGUAUGAAUGGUCAAUUCUUUAUUAUUGAUUCACGUGUAUUAAAAUAUAAUUAUGGGAUCAAAGUUUGGAAAGCCGAUGAAGGAUUUACUUUUAAACGUUUAGCAACAAGAGGAGUUGAAGUUAAAAUCAAUGAAGAAUUUAGUGUUAGAGUUCGACCCAGUCACCCGUUUCAAAGCACUGGGAUAUUUGAAAUUUAUUACACACAAAGUUUUUCAGCGAAAACUUGUGAAGAGGUAGGAAUGAAAUUACUUGGAAAACUUAAAAUUGAUUGGUCAGAAGAUAAGCAUGUGAUGAACAGACCAACUACUUUUAAAUUGGCAUUUGGUAGAAUGGAAAUCAAAGCGACAGCAAAAAAUGAAAUUAACGGUCAAACUUAUGAAACGUCCUUUGAUUUAAUAGACGAAUGA